CUGGGUAGGGCACUUUCAAGCCAGCCAUAUUGGUUCGUUGUCCUGGCUGAAGGAGAGCGGGGAGAUGAAGGGGAUUCGGGGAAUCAGUCAACUAUCGAAACGAUUGUAUGUGGCUGCCAGACAAGGCCAGUCCCUUGACCAGCCGCUGGCUGGUCUCAAGCUCUCUCCUGGGGCUGCCCACUCCUACCAGGAUGUCCAUGUAUCCAAACUGCCCAGUGGACUGGUGAUUGCCUCACUGGAAAACUAUUCCCCAGCGUCCAAAAUUGGCGUUUUUAUCAAGGCGGGUUGUCGUUAUGAGACCCCUGAAAACCAGGGGGUCACCCACCUCCUCAGGCUGGCCUCUAGUUUGACAACCAAAGGAGCAUCAGCGUUCAAGAUAUGCCGUGGUGUUGAGGCAGUGGGUGGCAGCCUGAGUGUGACUUCAUCCAGAGAGAAUAUGGUCUACACCGUCGACUGUCUGAGAGAUGACAUGGAUACAGUCAUGGAGUUUUUGAUCAACGUGACAACAGCGCCAGAGUUUCGCCCGUGGGAGGUGUCAGAACUCGCGCCAAGAGUAAAGGUGGACAAGGCACAAGCUGCACAGAGUCCCCAGAUAGCUGUGGUUGAGAGUCUACAUGAAGCAGCCUAUAAGAACGCCCUGUGUAAUUCCCUUUACUGCCCAAACCACAUGAUUGACAACAUCCAGUCAGAACAUCUCCACCAGUUUGUCCAAAACAAUUUCACAAAUGCAAGAAUGGCACUUGUUGGACUUGGUGUUAACCAUGAUGUGCUGAAGCAGGUGGGGGAGCAAUUCCUCAACAUCCGCAGUGGGGCUGGAACAACAGGGGCUAAGGCUCAGUAUCGUGGAGGUGAGAUCCGUCUGCCCAGCAACGCCAGUCUGGUCCACUCAGCUGUGGUGUGCCAGUCAGCAGCAGCAGGCACCAAUGAAGCUCUGGCCUUCAGUGUGCUGCAACAUGUACUGGGAGCUGGUCCACAUGUCAAGAGGGGACCCAGGACCUCCAGCAAACUGGUCCAAGGUGUUGCUAAGGCAACUGCUGACCCUUUUGAUGUCAGUGCUUUCAAUGCAAGCUACUCUGACUCUGGUCUCUUUGGGGUCUACACCAUCUCCCAGGCUGCAGCAGCUAGUGAUGUGAUUAAGGCUGCUGUUGCUCAGAUAAAGGCUGUUGCUGAUGGUGGAGUCACAGCUGUUGAUCUCACUCGAGCCAAGGCGCAGCUUAAGGGUCAGUUCCUGAUGUCUUUGGAAACUUCAGAGGGUUUGUUGGAGGCCAUGGGCACUCAGGCACUGGCUAGUGGAUCCUACCACUCCCCUGAAGAAAUCUCCAAAAACAUUGACAAUAUCUCCUUGACUGAUGUUGCUAAUGCUGCCAAGAAAUUUGUGACUGGUAAGAAGACCAUGGCAGCCAGCGGCAACCUCACAAAAACACCCUUUGUGGAUGAGCUCUAAAAUUCUCCUUCUGUACUAUGAUUGACGGCAAAGCAGAAUUUGUUUUCCACCACAUUUGAACAAAAGCAGAGGUUAUCAUUGUUUUAUGCAAUUCCAUUGUUCAGAGAAACACGUCAUAACACCACUGGCUAUUUAUAGGUGUUGUAACAGUAUAUGUUCAGAUGAUGCUGCUUUGGUGCAUCACAGAACUGUGCUCCAUUCAUCUGUCCACAUUAACUGUAUAGCUGAUGUAAAAUAAGGAAUAAAUUCUAUCUACCUUAA